GCCUGAAGGUGUUGAUAAAGGGGUUCCAUUUUAAUUUUAAUUAAUCAUAUUCAAAGCAAAUGGGGUCAAAGAAGCCUUUCUUUGUGGCUCUUCUGGUGCAUGCUCUUUCUUCUGGCAUGAUCUUAUUGUCCAAGGCUGUAUUCAAUAUGGGUAUGAGCAUAUCUGUGUUCGUCUUCUACAGACAAGUUGCUGGAACAAUUUUCAUGCUCCCUUUCGCCAUGAUUUUCGAAGGGAAAAACGCGAAGCCACUUUCAAUAGUGACUUUCUGCAAGAUUUUCAUGCUUGCUUUGCUGGGGAUCACCUUAACUUUGAAUAUUUACGGAGUAGCUCUGAUUUACACAUCUGCAAGUCUUGGUGCUGCCACCAUUAAUUGCAUUCCCGUCAUAACAUUUGCCUUUGCAGUUUUACUCAGGAUGGAGAAGGUGAGAGUGAAGAGCGUCCCUGGCAUUGCAAAAGUUGGUGGUAUAGUGGUGUGCAUGGCUGGGGUUGUCACUCUUUCUUUUUACAAAGGUCCCGUUUUGAAACCUCCUUUCCAUCUUCAUUCUUUCCCUCUCCAACAUGAUGGGCAUCACCAUGGCCAUGCUUCUUCUCCCUCAAAAUGGAUACUUGGAUGUUUCCUCUUGCUGGUCACUUGCAUAUGUUGGGCCCUAUGGCUUGUACUUCAGGCUAAAAUUUUGCGAAGCUACCCUUCCAAGCUUACAUUCACGAGCAUUCAGUGUUUGUCGAGUGCUGUCCAGUCAUUUCUUGUCGCUAUUGCCUUGGAAAGAGAUCCUCGCCAGUGGAAGCUGGGAUGGAAUUUUAGACUGCUCGCAGUUGUUUAUUGUGGGAUUUUCGUGACGGGUGUUGCGUACUACUUGCAAGCGUGGGUGAUAUCAAAGAAAGGGCCAGUUUUUCAUGCAGUGAUGACGCCAUCGAAUCUGGUGAUGACAAUUCUUGGCUCAGUGUUCCUCUUAGGCGAGACCAUUAACCUAGGAAGUGUUGUGGGGGCAAUCAUGUUAGUGAUAAGCCUUUACAGUGUUUUAUGGGGAAAGAACAAAGAACAGAACAUUGAAAACGAGAGUUGUUUGCCUGUUCAAGAUCAAACACAGGUAAAUUAAGGAAACAGCAGUUAGUAGCAGCAACCCUCGGCCAUCGUUAU